UAUAUAUUUCUUAGUCUUAUUAUUAUUAGCUACCAACAAUCUUUCAACUUUUCUACUAAGCAAACUCUUGCUCUUUUUACCUUACAGUACUCAAUUCCCACCAAACAAACACUCUCAACUCCAUACCUUCUUUAAUGUUUUUCUAAACUCUCUCUUUCUUCAUCCCUCGACGCCCCUUGGCCCGGCCCUCAACAACCAUUUUCAAGGGAACCUCCAUCUUCAAAUCGCGGUUAGUUGUUUUGUGACCAUGGAAAGAGGUCUAUUGAGUAGUGGUAGUAGCAAAGUGAAAGAUGGUUGGGAGAUUAGUGAGAAUAAUUUGAAGUUUGACAAGGAUUAUCCUUAUGGAUAUCCAUGGCCUCCAAAGUAUUAUUCAUGCAGCUUUUGUCAAAGAGAAUUUCGGUCGGCUCAAGCUCUUGGAGGUCAUAUGAACAUCCAUAGGAGAGAUAGAGCUAGGUUAAGAGAUCUAUCUCUUAAUAAUAAUUCACUAUUAUCUAACGAAUUUGAUCAAAAUCCUAACCCUAACCCUAAUUCUAAUCCAAAUCCAAACCCUAACCCUAACCCUAAUUCUAACCCUAUAUUUACUUUCUCAUCUUCUUCUUCUCCAACAAACAACAACAACAUCUAUGCUCACCAAUACUCCUUGGUUUCGCUAUCUCUCUCCUCCAUCACACCGCCAACAAAAGAAAGAAGAGAUAGUCAUUCUCAAAAUGUAGGAAAAUGGAAAUAUGUUCCUCACUCUUCCAUUGAAGAUCAUGAUCAAGAAGAUGAAGUUAGGGUUUUAAGUAGUACUACUCGCGCUCCAUCUAAGGAAGUUGUAAGGUUGGACUUGGAGCUAUGUCUUGGAGAAGCAAAGGAAGAUUUAGAUUUGGAGCUUCGCCUCGGAAUUUAGUAGCCUGCAACUACUGUUAGGUUGUUAAAUUAUUUAACUAGCUUUAAAUUAUGCUACUCCAUAUAUAAAUUGAUCUGUUAGUUUGUUCCCAAGAAAGUGAUGAAGGAAAAGUUUAUGGAGCUGCUUUCUUCUCUUUUGUCUUUGCCUUUUCAGCAACAACUACUUUGUUGAGAUCAAGUACAUGGCUUUCAAUAAUUUUAAGGUAUGGGCGCUAAUUAUUAAAAAACAAUAACAAAAAAAAAAAGGGGGAUCUUUUAAUUCUCCGUUAUUUAGAUAAGUAUGAUUAUAAAUUAUGUAACAGUAUAAACUCUUUUGAUUUUUUUUUUUUUUUUUUUUUUUUCAUGAUGUUACAUAUACUGGUAGCUUGUGAUAUGAGAAUUAAGACUCAUUAUUUAUUUGGUUAUUCAUUUUAAUGUUUUAUAAUAUAAUAUCCAAUGCUAGUAUUAGUUGAAUUGAAGUUUGAUCUUUAUAACUAUCUAUUUAUCUAUGUAAUUAAGUU